AUGGCAUGGGAUUGCGCGAUCCCCCCUGAUACCCGUGGCGAUGUGCUAGUACAAUGGUGCCUCGAUAAUGGCUGCGUUAUUCAUAACGCUGGAGAGUGCACUCCCCACACCACACGCCAUGGCCCGUCCGCGCCAGAUGUGACAAUAUCCCGAGAAUGCCGUCUCGAGUCAUGGACGGCACCCUUCUCCCCGGACAGCGACCAUUGCAUCAUCCUCUUCGAAUUAGCAGUAGGAGAUGAUAAUGAUGAACCACUGCGGUUCCUGGCCCUCGUGCCCCCAUUUAUGCAUGGAAGAAAACGAAAUGAUCUCGCUUUAGACAAAUGCCAAACGCACAGCGCAACAAACGCCUUAAAGAGAAAAUGA